CCUGGGAAGUCCCUUUUCCCCAUAGGCACCUCCUUGGCUGUGAAACCUUUGGGGCAGGUGUUUUGCUCUCAGCACAUGGUCUGUGCUCCUCACUAAUGGGAGUAAAAUAAAUUUUUGUAAAAAUUCUCCUUAGUACAAGUUCUUCAAUAAGGAAAAAAAUAAAAAGGAAAAGAAAAAAAGAGAAGUUAGGAAACUUUCCCUUCCCUGGCAAGAGCAAGCUGUUCCCUUGCAGCACACUGUGUGCGAGUUAAAAGCAGUUACACUUUCCUGGCCCGUCCACUUGACAGCCCUAGUCCCAAGUGCCAGAGCAGGGGACACAGUGCCAGCAUGUCCCCUCCUACCCCACUGCCUGUGGUGUCACACUCACCACCCUUAGAGCAGAGGUACACAGCUCCCGUGCCUGACAUGAAUUGGGUCACAUCCAGGCUCUGCCUGCAGGAUCCUGACCCCGUUCUGCCUGGGUGUGCCCAAAACAUGGGCACGAGCCUGAAGGAAGAGCCAGUGGGAAUGUGCCAUGCACCUUUGACCUUAGGACAUGCCAGCUCUGUGAUUGCUGGGGCGGGAGCACGUGGCUGUAUAACAGCCCUGGAGGAGACCUUGCUCGGGCAGUGCGAGCCGGUCUCUCUGCACAAUGGCUGACCCCAAGGUGCCUGAGGAUGGGGCUGUUGAGCUGGGCACCCCUAAUGCCACUGCCCCCACAGGGACCAUGUCCACACGGCGCCUCCGCAGCGAGGACUACAACGACUACAGUUCCACAGAUGUGACACCUGAGGGGAGCCCUCCUGAUGGCAUGAAUGGCUUUGCCCACCCCGAGUCCUACCAGCGCUUUGGGGAGACCAACGGAACAACGUGGUACCAGACCCUGAUCCAUCUGCUGAAGGGGAAUAUUGGGACAGGGCUGCUGGGGCUGCCUCUGGCUGUGAAGAAUGCUGGCAUCCUGCUGGGUCCUCUGAGCCUGCUGGUGAUGGGAGUUGUGGCUGUGCACUGCAUGGGCAUCCUGGUCAAAUGUGCCCAUCACUUCUGCAACAGGUUCCAGAAGCAGUUCCUGGACUAUGGAGGUGCUGUGAUGUAUGGGCUGGAGGCAACUCCCAGUGCCUGCCUGAGGACACAUGCCAUCUGGGGAAGGCGUAUAGUGGGACUUUUCCUGAUCAUCACUCAGCUGGGUUUCUGCUGCGUGUACUUUGUCUUUCUGGCGGACAAUCUGAAACAGGUUGUGUCUGCUGCAAAUGGGACCACCAAUGACUGCAGCCCAAACAGGACAGUGGUGAUGACUCCCACCAUGGACUCCCGCCUGUACAUGCUUUCCAUCCUGCCUUUCGUGGUGCUGCUCACGUUCAUCCAGAACCUCAAGGUCCUGUCCAUCUUCUCCAUGCUGGCCAACGUGGCCAUGCUUGUCAGCCUUGUAGUGAUCUACCAGUACAUUGUCAGGGAUAUUCCUGAUCCCAGAAACCUGCCUCUAGCAGCAGCCUGGAAGACCUACCCUCUGUUCUUUGGCACUGCAAUCUUUGCUUUUGAAGGCAUUGGCGUGGUGCUGCCUCUGGAGAACAAGAUGAAGAAGCCCCGUCAGUUCCCAGUGAUCCUGUACGUGGGGAUGAGCAUUGUCACCAUCCUGUACAUCAGCCUGGGUGUCCUGGGCUACCUGCGCUUCGGGACAGACAUUCAGGCCAGCAUCACACUCAACCUGCCCAACUGCUGGCUGUACCAAGCUGUCAAGCUGCUCUUCUCCUUUGGGAUUUUCUUCACCUACGCCGUGCAGUUCUACGUGCCUGCCGAGAUCAUCAUCCCUCCCCUCGUGGCCCGGGUGUCAGAGCGCUGGGGCUGGCUGGUCAACCUGCUCCUCAGGAUGGCCCUGGUCUGUGUGACCUGCGUGCUGGCCAUCCUCAUCCCGCGCCUGGACCUCGUCAUCUCCCUGGUUGGCUCCGUCAGCAGCAGCGCCCUGGCUCUCAUCUUCCCCCCGCUGCUGGAGAUUGCCACCUACUACUCGGAGGGCAUGCACCCCCUUGUCAUUGCCAAGGACAUCGCCAUCAGCCUCUUCGGCUUCGUGGGCUUCGUGGUGGGCACGUACGAGGCGCUGGUGGAGCUGGUGGCACCCGCGGCCACCGUGGUGAAUGCCACCACUGUCCUGGUGCAGUGACCGUCCCCUCGCCCCGCUGGCCCCUCUGGGUGCUGAGCUGGGGCUGCAUGGACACCGGGCACUGCUCCCCUCUCCUCUUGGGAAGCGUGGUGGGUUUGGUCUGUGAGAGGAUGGGGCUGCCCAGCACCACGGCCCAGCUGCAGCAGGAUCCUGCCCUGGGCUCUGUCUGGAAGGUGGGGUCCAGGCUGGGGCAGUGCCUUCCCUGGGGGCUCUUAGGGCAGGUGGUAGAGCAAAACAGUUCCUCUGUAAAUAGGCACUUUGAGAGGUGAGGAAUCCCGGGGAUGUAGAUUUUAUUUUAUUAUUUUUUAAAAUCCCAACCUUUCCAUAUUUCCCCUGUCCCUUCAGUCAGGGCGGGGAACAGGGACUACUCUUUUUUGUGCCAGUUUGAUUUUUAUUUUUUUUUUCCCUGAGCACUUUAUUUUUACAGCAACAGACAAACCUCAGCUCAGGUUAGAGAGUGUGGAGCUCCCUCUUCACCUUGGCCUUGUUGGGAGGGUGGGCAGAGCCUGAGGUGCGGGGCAUGCUGGGGCCCACACUCUCUCAGUGGGAUCCCCAUCCAUGGGCACUGGCUCCUGCAGUGCUUCAGCUCUGUUUCCAGCUGCCUUGAGCAGGAAGUCUGAGCAGGCCCUGGAGCUGGGCACUGGGAGGUUUUGCUGACCCUUGGUCCACGCUUUCAGUAGUGACACUUCUUUAUCCCCAUCCCAACCCAGCGCUUGGCUUUCAGAAGCUUUACAGAACUGAGGUGUGUGGGGAGCAAACAGGCUCUGCCAUAAUGAGGGGCUGAGCUGGUCCCCUUUGGGUGGGAGGGGGUUUCCCCAGGGGUCACCACAUGCUGCCCACACACCACAAGGAUACAUCACCUUGUUUACAGUGCCUGAGCUGGCCCUGGCACGCUCUGCCUGCCUCUGCAGGCUGAUACUGAAUGUCAAAUCACACACAAAAACUCCAUAAUAUUUCUGUUUUUAACCCUUCCUCUCCUGGUUGCACUCCCUCUGCAUCCUCUGUUUCUGCCCAGCUCCUCUCUUCCUGUAGGAUGCAGCUCCCUGGCACCUUUCCCUGUGCUCCUGUUGCUUCUUUUGUCGUGGCUGGUGCAUGCCUGGUGGGGAUGGUCCCGUGGCACUGCUGCUUUCCUUUCUCUGAGAGCCCAACUUCCUCCCUAGAGAGUUUCCUCACCUUUCUACUGGAUUUCUACUUUUUUAAGACAAGGGAGCAAAUGCGUCCUCCAGAGGACAGGUCGAACUCCUGCCUGCUCACAGCAUCUCCCAAUUGCCAGCUCUCUCUGGAGAGCCUUCAUCCCUCAUCCCACUGCAGCCAUGUCUCCCUGGGGGUGGACAAAGGCUGCUGUUGGUGGGAAAGGAGGCUGAGUACAGCACCAGUGGGCUGUGUUCCCAUCUUUGCUGGAGGCUGAGGUUUGCAGUUAUUUUCGGUGUUUGGCUGGGUUCUGUGAGGGGAGGGCUGUGUGGAACAGUGUCCCUGCCUCUCUCCUGCUGCUUGUGUCUGCACUGUGCCCCUUUGCUGCAGCUCUGGGUGCCACAUGCCACUAUGUGCACCCAUGGCCAGGUGUGGGGUGGGUCUGUGCCACGUCUCUGCCCCUUUCCAGCCCCUCUUUGCUCUCUGCAUCACUUGGGGCUCAUCUUGUCUUGUCCAAGGCUGUGCUGGGGAAGGUUUUGGCUUGGUCGGGAGCAGAGCAAAGCUUUAACUCAAAUCCUCCCUCUGGAGGGCACCAUGGGGAUAGAGAGGAAGCACCCAGGGCUGGGAAGGGGCUCCAGGGCAUGACACAAGCGGGACAAGUGCAAUAUUCAUGUCCUUCUCUGUGUACUGACCCCAGAGUGGCCCUUGGGGUUGGGUUUGAGUCAGAACUGUCAAGCAGAGGAGGGAGUGCUGUGAGGAGCAGGGGAUGUGUGAUGCUUCCCCUUGCCCUGCUAGUAGAGCACUUGAAGAAGGCUGGCCACAUUUUAGGGACAGCUGUGUGCCAAGGCAUGUGCCCAGCCUGGCACUGGGCAUCCAAACUCACUUUGCAAGCAGCAGUGAAGACCUCAUUUCUAAGGGGGCUGGGAUAUCACAGAAGCAUUAAAUGGGUUUGGCAGCUCUUCCCUUUUAAUGGGGUGAGCAGGGGUGUUUGAAGAUGGGGCAAUUUGUGCUGGUGACUCAGGUGGUGUGAGGGGCUCUGCUGAGCCAGGGGUCAAUGAUGGACACGAAAACUUGACACUUGUGUAUUGUAGGCUGCUCAGUAACCAAGAAACUUGUCUGUGUAAAUAUAGCAAUGGUCACGUCCAUGUCUUGUGCCUAUGGAUAUUGUCAGUGUACAGCACAGGUGCCUGCCCAGCAGGAGAGCUGGUGCUGCACCUGAAUCAUGUAUCUUACUUUAAUCAAUAAAUAUGAUCUAUUUUUUAUGUGUAAAGGC